UUCAUCAGUUCAUUUCACCAUGAUCUUACCUUCGGAUAAAAAUAUGGCUCUCAUAAUGUAUAUAAAUAUAUAUUUAAUUAUUUCAUUUCUUGUUAUUUUUCCUACAGCUGUUACUAAGCCACUGAAAGGAUGUGAUCCUGAACCUGUAGAUGCGUUAUUCUUUAUCCAUGGAACCAGCAUGGCCGGGAACCAAAGAAACGUCACAGAACAGUUAGUGAGAGAUAUAACAUCAAGUCUACACAAAGAUUCUAAAAAAAACUUCUAUUUACUGACAGACACUGCAAAAGAACUUGUUGUAGAUAGCAACUUGAGUGAAGAUACUGUCAUCAAUAAAAUCUUUGCAGAAGAUAUAAAAUCUGUCACUGAAUCAACAACAAUAUCUUCUGAAGCCAUAAACAAUGUUUUAGCUUCUACAUUUUCAGUAAACCAGUAUAAAAAUAGGGCAGAAUUUGUUAUUUUACUGGUGACAAAUCAAACAGAAUUAGAUGCAGUGUCACCUUUUCUUGAAAAGAAAAAGACAGUGGUUGUGGUACUUGGUUCGUCUAUUCCAAAUAUAUUCAAGUCUGUGGCGAGUUACAGAGAGGACUAUCUCUACCAAGUUGGAAGUUUUGAAGAUCUUGAAAUGGUUAUAGGGAAGAUAAAAGAGCGUAUUGCCUGUGAUUCAAACAAAUACUGUGAUACUGAUACGUAUAGUACGAAGAAAGGGAGCAGGUGUAAAAGUUGUGAAGGGCCCUGUGAACAAAAAACAGAUAUCUGCACCAAGUAUUGUCUGUUUGAAAGACCAAAGCCUGACUUAGGAAACAAUACAAAAUCAGACUUUGUAUACAAUAAAAGUGAACCAAAUACUAUGACAACCAUUGCAAGACAAGGAGCAAAAAAAGACAAUAAAGAUUUGGCCGUUACUGCCAUUUUGAUAGUGUUUGCAGCAGUCUGUUUGCUGGCUCUGGGCAUAGGUAUUGUACGUUACUGCUGGGGGAGGUCAUCUCGACAGCUAACACCAGGCAGCUCAGAUGAAACCAUUCGAAAAACACCUGCAAGUAGUGAGACACAUAGUUUAGAUAAGUUUCCAGUACAAGCUAUGGAUGAGAGUGAUCCACUCAUGGAAAUUCAUGGACAGGUAGCUGAGAAUGACCAAGCUGAGGGAAUGGCAUCAAAUGAAAUUUCAGUGGACUUGAAGAAUAAUCAGGAAUGGGAUUUAAAUGUCCAUGGCGCCAGGGAUCAGUAUCAAGCUCUGCACUCACCAGUAUAGAUGCAUGCAAUUCUAUUGCAUGAAAAUGAUGGAGGGAAGAGCAUAUGCUCAUAGAAAUGUGUGAACUUGUUUUAAUCAUUUAAUGAUUGCACAUUUCUACCAUGGAGGAUUCGUCCUUUGUCAUGUGACCGUGUAAGGUACCUUUGUCAAUGGACUUAUAAAGAUGAUGGAAAACAGUUUAUAUUAAACUUGGUUUCCUUGUUACUAUGAUUAUAUGUACUAUAAUCAUUUAUACUUUGUAAAGAUAAUACAAUCAUGUAUUUCAGUAGUUCCAUAGUUUGUGUGAAUCUGGCUGAUUAGGUAUAUUUAUGUUAAGCAUUGUUAAAAUAUUAUGUUUGAUUAUGAAGAUACAAUAGUUGUAUGAAAACUUGCAAUUCUGCAAUUUUUUAAGUUGGUUUUUUACAUUUUCAUAUAUAUUUGUGAGCAUAUUAUAUUCAGUAAUAAAAUACAAAAAAAAAAUGAAUAAAACAACAACAAAAAAAAACAAAAAAAACAUUAAUACAGUAAAAGAAAAAAAAAAGAGAACAAAACAAUGAAAAUUACAAAAAAAAAUUCUCCUGUAAAUAAAUUUUAGAUAAUAGUGUAGAUAAUAGUUAACACUUAAUUUUCACGAGCAUGUUUUUACUUGAUUGUUAAGACUUUCAUUUUAUUCUGUCUUUAAAGCAGCACACCUGCACUCCAUAUUUAUUAUUUUAUUUUUAACAAAAAUUGUUGAGACUGUUCUAGUUUUAUACAAAUUUUGUCACAUGUAAAGGUGAAGUUUAGCUUACAAAUACUCAUUAUAAUGAUCAAAUUUGCCAUAUGAUCAAGUACUCCACUGUUUGCUGUUCAAAGAUAAUUUUUUUUUCUAAAUUUGAUGAAUGAUUACAAGUCCAUUAAAUUUAAAGAUGUAUUAUGCUCUAAUUUUAUAUAUGAAAUUAUCUUGAAAACUAUUUAUCACAAAGUCUUCAUAUUUCACAUAGUGAUUGCUCAUAACUAGUAGAUAACCCCUACCGUUUUUUAUAUCACUAGGUCAAAGGUCAAGGUCACAGGGGCCUUAAAUGUCAGAAUGUUUUCCGCUGAUUAUCUUGAAAAGUAUUCAUCACAAAGUCUUCAUAUUUCACAUAGUGAUUGGUCAUAACUAGUAGAUGUCCCAUAUUGAUUUUGCUAGGUCAAAGGUCAGGCCACUGGGGUUAACAUGUCAGAAUGGUUUCUGCUCAUUAUCUUGGUUACUAUUUAUCACAAAGUCUUCAUUUUUCACAUAUUGAUUGGUCAUAACUAGUAGAUGACCCAUAUUUUUUGGGGUCAAAGGUCAAGGUCACAGGGGUCUUGAAUGGUAGUAUGAUUUCCGCUCAUGAUCUUGGUUACUAUUUAUCAUAAAGUCUUCAUAUUUCACAUACCGAUUUGUCAUAACUAGUAAGUGAACCCUAUUGAUUUUGGGGUCACUAGGUCAAAGGUCACAGGGUCCUUGAAUGUAAGUGUGGUUUCCGCACAUUAUUUUGAAAGCUAUUUAUCACAAAGUCUUCAUAUUUCUAAUAUUGAUUGGUCAUAGCUAGUACAUGACCCCUAUUGAUUUUUGGUCACUAGUUCAAAGGCCAAGGUCACAGAGGCAUUAAUUGUCUGAAUGGUUUCUGCUCAUUAUCUUGAAAACUAUUUAUCACAAAGUCUUCAUUAUUUUUCUUUUUCUCAUAACUGAACACUUCCAUGUACCAAUUUAUGGCAAGUUUUUAUAACAAAAUUACCAAUAAUUGGAGUCAAUGGCUAGAGAAGGGGGGGGGGGGCAUAUGUGUCCUUCCACGUUUCUUGUUUUAAUAGGGUCAUAUAAGUAUGUGUUAAUACUAAAUUGGCUAUUUUCCAGGAAAUAAUGAGUGAAAAUACAAAGGAAUCAGUCUGAAUCUCUUUUAUUUUGAAUGCUUAUAAGCAAUAUUUAUUUACUAUAUUUCUUUAAACAUUUUAUAUAUAUAUGUUUUCUUAAAGGGACUCCACUGAGGUUUUUGGGUUAAAAAUCACACACAUUUAUGAUUUUCAAUUUUAUUUGGAGUAUUUUUUUAUUAUCUUUAAAUAUUUUUUGCUUGAAGUGUCCCGCUUGUUUAUGUAAAAUUUUCAAAAUUUCAUGUUCUUUUUCUAGCUUUUUAACAGUAAAGUAAUUUAAAAAAAAAAAUUAUUUUAGUCUGAAGGUGUGCUGCUUUAAAAUCAUCAUUUUGUAAUUUGCUUUUAUAUUAAACAGAGUAUUUAGCAGAUAUGUGUAUAAUUAUAAAUUUAAUGUGUGAUGUUUGUUUGUGAUGUACAUAUGGCUUCAUGUAUUGUUACUGUCUU